CGCCUCACCCCCCCCACUACCCCUAGGUAAGAUGGCCGCCUUCCGGCAUCAGCCGCCUCAGCCCGGCGAUGGUCCCGGCGGCGAUGAACUCUGAGAGGAACCGCGUGGAAGUGAACCAGAGUCCGGAGUCGUCCGCGAAGAAUCCGAAGAGCCGUGAAGCUCUUUAGCUCGCUGUUGCGCAGACGUCCUGAGUGAGUUGGGCUCGGAGCCGCGUUCCGUCCCCUCACGCCUCUUGCCGCCGCUGUUGUUGUUGUUGAAGGCUGAGCGGCCAUGGAGGAGCUGGUGGACGCGCUGGCCGGCUCGAUGGCCGUGACGUCGUCUCCCAACAGCACGGCCGCUCCGCACCCGCGCCUGGCUCAGUACAAGCAGCGCUGCAGCAGCAGCCAGAGUCAGAGCGAGCGCCGACAAAAGCUUCUGGAGCUGCAGAAAUCGAAGAGGUUGGACUAUGUCAACCAUGCCCGGCGCCUGGCCAUGGAGGACUGGGCGGGCAUGGGGGACGUGGCGCGGACGGCUCGGGGUAAGAACGCGCGGGAAGCACCGAACGAGGAGGAUGCAGAAGAGGGGAGUGAAGACGACAUGGAGGUGGACAUGAAGCACAAGAAGCUGCCGCGGUCCUACGCCAACCAGCUGAUGUUGUCGGAGUGGUUGGUGGAGGUGCCGGCGGACCUGUGUGAGGAGUGGCUCAUGCUCGUGUGCCCCGUGGGCAAGCGCUGUCUCGUCGUCGCGUCACGGGGGAGCACGGCGGUGUACACCAAGAGCGGCUACUGCGUGAAUCGGUUUUCGUCGCUGCUUCCCGGCGGUCGCCACGGACAACACAAAGAGUACAGCAUCCUCGACUGCGUGUUCAGCGAGGUCGACCGCACCUACUACAUCCUGGACGUCAUGUGCUGGCGCGCACAUCCUGUCUACGACUGCGAGACAGAGUUCCGCUUUUUCUGGCUCCAGUCCAAGCUGCGGGACGAGGGCGCGGUGACGGAGACGUCCCAGCGCAACCCGUUCCGCUUCGUGGGUCUGCAGUCCUUCGCCUGCUCUCCGGACGUCCUGACGACAGCACUGGCCUCCUCCGAGUUCCCCUACGAGGUGGAUGGGUUGCUGUUCUAUCACAAGCGCACGCACUACUGCCCAGGCAGCACGCCGCUCGUCGGCUGGCUCAAGGCCUACAUGGUGCAGGACGUGCUGGGCCUGGCUGUGCCCGACGCCGGCCCCACGGCGCGUCCGCCCCACGCCCACAGGCAGCUGCAGGACAUCAUCGAGCAGAAGCAGCUGAAGAAGGCUGCAGCCCGUGAUGCGGGCCAGGCGGAGGGGCAGUCCGAGCCGAGCGACCGCUACGAGCUGGAGCACCUGUCCACCAUCCGCCCGCCGCCACCGCCGUUGGACGUUGACAUCGGCUGACUCGCGUCGCCGGCGUCGUUCCACGCGAUGUCGUGUCAGUGUCGGGUGCGACGUUCCCCAAGUUUCACCGCCUCCGUGCGGGAACCCGAGGUCCGCGACGCUUGUACGCGCGUACGUACGUGUUGGACUUCGUUCACACCACCGUACGUAGCCAACCGUGCCAUUCGGAGGUGCGAGGGGAAAGACAACAAGCUAAACACAAAAAGCAGUUCAAAAUAAAUGCGUUUUCAAUGUAUCUAUGUUGAACUUCUUUUGCACCACCGCACGUAGCCAACUGCUCAUCGGGAGGUGCAGGGGGAAGGGCAAACUAAACACAAACACCAGUUGUAAAGAUAUUCGUUUUCAAUUGUUUUGCGUCCCUGUCGAUGGAAUGGGCAGUGUUCUCGUGCUCUCGCUGAUGAUCUCGUACUGCCAUUUGAAGAGCAACGAUUGUAAAAGAUUUCAGUUGUCGGUGAUUUAGCCAUUCAAUUGCUGUCUCGUGAGAGUUGGUGGAUUGCAGAUACACUCACCUACUUGCUCACCCACUCACCCAUCCAUUCACGCACCAAACUCACCUCAUUCAUCCACUCACCUACCCACUCAAUCACCCACCCAUUCACCCACCAACCCACGCACUCAUUGACUCGCUCACUUAUUCACCCAUCCAACCACUUAUUCGCCCACCCAUUCACCCACCAACCC